GUAUGAGUGUGUUAUCUUGUCAUCUAGUAAAUUUUCAACUAUUUUUUGCUGAGGUUGUGUUCAUGCAAUUUUUCUUUCUUCAAACCCACAUUGGAGCACACGGUGCAAAUCAUUUUCAAUCUAACAUCGUUUAUUGAAUUGUCUAAACGGAUGUCACUGAAUCGCAAUAAGUAAAUAUUCGUAUGUGUUUUUAAAUUCAUAAGAAAAACGAAAUAAAAUACAUCGAGAAUAAUACGUCAAAAUUUGAUAGGAUAUCAAAAUUUGGUAAUUUGCGGCCAUUGAAAAAGAUUAAGUCGAACACCAUGGAAUCGUUGCCAUCGUCGGAUGUCGUUAUUGUACAUGGAAAUUCACAUCCAGAAUUGGCAAACUUAAUUGCUGGUCGUCUAGGUGUUAAAAGUGGCGGUGCAUCGGUUUAUCAUAAAACAAAUCGCGAAACAAUGGUCGAAAUUGGCGAUUCAAUACGUGGAAAAGAUAUAUACAUCAUUCAAACCGGAACAAAAGACGUCAACAACAAUAUAAUGGAACUUCUUAUUAUGGCAUAUGCAUGCAAAACAUCAUCAGCACGAUCGAUUGUUGGUGUUAUUCCAUAUUUACCAUAUUCAAAACAAUGUAAAAUGCGAAAACGUGGAUGCAUUGUAUCGAAAUUAUUGGCAAAGAUGAUGUGCAAGUCUGGCUUAUCGCAUAUCAUCACUAUGGAUUUGCAUCAAAAAGAAAUACAAGGAUUUUUCGAUUGUCCAGUGGAUAAUUUACGAGCCUCGCCAUUUCUACUACAGUAUAUUCAAGAAAGUAUCCCAGACUAUCGUAAUUCAGUUAUAGUUGCCAGAAAUCCCGGUUCAGCUAAGAAAGCAACAUCAUAUGCUGAACGUUUGCGAUUGGGCAUUGCCGUUAUUCAUGGUGAACAGAAGGAAUCAGAAAGUGAUGAAAUUGACGGACGUUAUUCACCACCCACAUUGCCAUGUCGAUCAAGAACAAUGGACGUUUCCGUAGGAGUUCCAGUUCAUCCAGCCAAGGAGAAACCUCCAAUAAACGUCGUUGGUGAUGUUGGUGGUCGAAUAGCAAUCAUGGUUGACGAUAUGAUCGAUGAUGUGGCAUCUUUUGUUGCGGCAGCUGAAGUGUUGAAAGAACGUGGUGCAUACAAAAUAUACGUGUUGGCAACACAUGGCUUGCUUAGUUCGGAUGCACCACGUUUAAUUGAAGAGUCACCAAUUGAUGAAGUCGUUGUGACCAACACCGUUCCGCAUGAAAUUCAAAAAAUGCAAUGCCACAAAAUCAAAACAGUGGAUAUAUCGGUUCUGUUGGCUGAAGCCAUUCGUAGAAUCCACAACAAAGAAUCAAUGUCUUACUUAUUCAAAAACGUCACACUUGAGGACUAAGAUAAUUGGUCACUUUUAAUUCGUCAAAAAGACACAGAGGAGAGCAAAACCAUGGAAUGGAAAUGUUUUUUUCAAAUCUCUAAUUCGAAAACAUUUUAUGUAUAUUUUCGGAUGUUACAAUUAUAGAUGAAAAUCAAUGAAGAAAAAUAAUAUAAAAAAACUUUGGAAUAUUUUUUAAUUGAAGAUAAAGUGAUGUUAGUGAUGAUGUUCAAUGCAAGAAAAUCCCAAUAAAUACUUUACAAAUGAAAAAA